AUGCAGAUAUUUGUUAAGACAUUAACCGGGAAGACCAUUACUUUGGAGGUUGAGCCUAGUGACACGAUCGAGAAUGUGAAGGCGAAGAUCCAAGACAAAGAAGGCAUUCCUCCAGACCAACAACGUUUGAUUUUUGCUGGUAAACAGUUGGAAGACGGUCGUACUCUGUCCGAUUACAACAUCCAGAAAGAGUCGACAUUGCAUCUGGUUCUCCGUCUUCGUGGUGGUAUGCAAAUCUUCGUGAAGACAUUGACUGGUAAGACGAUCACGUUGGAGGUUGAGCCUAGUGACACGAUCGAGAAUGUGAAGGCGAAGAUCCAAGACAAAGAAGGCAUUCCUCCAGACCAACAACGUUUGAUUUUUGCUGGUAAACAGUUGGAAGACGGUCGUACUCUGUCCGAUUACAACAUCCAGAAAGAGUCGACACUGCAUCUGGUUCUCCGUCUGCGUGGUGGUAUGCAAAUCUUCGUGAAGACAUUGACUGGUAAGACGAUCACGUUGGAGGUUGAGCCUAGUGACACGAUCGAGAAUGUGAAGGCGAAGAUCCAAGACAAAGAAGGCAUUCCUCCAGACCAACAACGUUUGAUUUUUGCUGGUAAACAGUUGGAAGACGGUCGUACUCUGUCCGAUUACAACAUCCAGAAAGAGUCAACAUUGCAUCUGGUUCUCCGUCUUCGUGGUGGUAUGCAAAUCUUCGUGAAGACAUUAACUGGUAAGACGAUCACGUUGGAGGUUGAGCCUAGUGACACGAUCGAGAAUGUGAAGGCGAAGAUCCAAGACAAAGAAGGCAUUCCUCCAGACCAACAACGUUUGAUUUUUGCUGGUAAACAGUUGGAAGACGGUCGUACUCUGUCCGAUUACAACAUCCAGAAGGAGUCAACAUUGCACUUGGUGCUUCGUCUUCGAGGUGGUCAGUAA